AAUCGUGAAUGAAUGAAUGAGAAAGAAGCAUUGAUUGAAACAUACACACAUUCUUAACCUGAACAACAACCUGAAAUCUUGUUCCCCCACCCCCUCCACCUUCAUCUAUUGGUGGGAAUUCAUCAACACGACAUUCAAUGUGGAAGGCAAAAUUGUUGUUCCAUCCAUUGGAGUUGAUGAUGAUUGAGGGGGUGUAUCGUAUGCAGUAACACAUAUACGUAUGUGUUUGCUGCAUAUGAUUGAAAAAAAUGAAUUUCGAGUCACUCCAGAUGGUGGUGACGGAGAGGCGGGAACUUCCAAUAAGACCCGUCUUCUUGAAAUUUGGUGUUGCUUUGGCAAUUUCUCUCGGUGGGGUCAUUUAUACCUUUUCCAGAACCAAAAGAAUCAAAACCUCCAAAUCAAAAUCUUUAAAGCUUUCUUCAGGUAAUGGAAGCCAAAUUGAUUUGAUAGGGGCGCUCAGGGAUGAUGAUCUUGCUUUGCAGAAUACUUUUCUCCAAAAGGUUGCUUCUAAAAAUUCCAUCGAAGAUGUCUCGUCCAGUGGUAGACACAGUGGAGAAAAAGAUGGUUUCCUCUUGCCGGAAUUCAAUGAGCUUGUCAAGGAAUGCAACAUAUCUCUGACAACAGACGGCAUUUCUCCAAUGAAGAAUGAAGGGUGUCUGGUUUUGGACGCAGAGAAGAAAUCUGCUGAGCACGACGAGCAUGACAUAGAGACUAGAAAACUAAGAAGCAAAAUUAGACUUCUUGAAGAAAGAGAGAGGAAGCUGGAGAUUCAAUUGAUUGAGUAUUAUGGCAUUAAGGAGCAGGAAGCGGCAGUAAUAGAGCUCCAGAACCGGCUAAGAUUAAACAAUAUGGAGGCUAAACUUUACAACCUCAAGAUUGAGUCCUUGCUGUCCGAUAACCGGAGACUAGAGGCGCAGUUGGCUGAUCAUGCGAAAGUUGUGAUGGAGCUCGAAACUGCAAAAGCCAAGAUAAAGCUGCUGAGGAAGAAAUUUCGGUCUGAGGCGGAACAGAAUCGGGAGCAGCUUUCAACACUUAAAGAAAGAGUAAUGAAAUUGCAGGAGUUGGAAAAGAAGGCUGAUGAACUCGAUCGGGACGUGGAAGUGUAUCAACAGGAAAAGGAGGAAUUGAAGGAAGAGUUGGAGGAGAUGAAGAAGUCAAAUGAGGGCCUGAAGCAGGAAAAUUCGGAUUUGACUCAGAAGUUAGAGUAUCUACAAAUGCUUGCUGCUUCUGCUUUGGACAAUGAAGAGGUACAAGAACUUAAACAAGAGAGUCAGCGCUUGAAACAAUUAAAUGAAGAUUUGACAAAAGAAAUGAAGCGAGUCCAAGCUGAUCGUUGCACUGAUAUAGAAGAGCUGGUCUAUCUCCGGUGGGUGAAUGCUUGUUUGCAGUUCGAACUGAAAAAUCAGCAGACAGUUACAGGUAAAACCGAUGGCAGGGACAGCAAGACAGUAAACCCCAAGUCUGAAGAGAAAGCGAAAGCAAAUAAAGAUAGGUCUGGUGAAAAAGCGAUGGAUUUACCGGAGACCGAUUCUGACCAAUGGUCGCCUUCCCAGGCUUCUUGUCUAACGGACUCUGGUGAACGUGAUGACUCGUCUGUUGAUAAAGUACCAGCUAACAAGCCGAACCAUUCUGGCAAAUCAAAAGCCUUUGCCAAGUUGAAGAAACUACUACGAAGGAAAGGCAGUCCUCGUCGUCUCCACACACCAAGCACGCCAUUGGCAAGAGCAGUGUCUGUGGACGACAUUGCAGGUAGAUAUUCUAGAUACUUUCAGUCAGGUUUUGCAGCACUUGCCGACUCUGGAACUGAUGAUCUCACAAAGACGGCAAGGGAUUCAUGUGGGGGUUCGUCUAGACGUUCUCUGGAUCUGCCGAGAUCUUAUUCCCCAGGUCAAAAGAGCAGCAUUACAGGAGAAAUUAGCAGCAACAGCUCAAGAAGAAUCAGUGAUGACAGUGCCUCAAGUAUAUUCACAAGAAUCAACUCGUUGACUGAAGAUGACAACGACAUGUGUCCAGGUGUUCACGAUGCUCAGAACGACGCCAAAACCGAAUUGGCAAAAUUGGUCGAUGCUCAAAACUCCAAGAACGAAAAAUAUGCUGAAGCUGUGAAGAACGCUCGUACGGUAUCACUUCCAAGGAGAUCAACGUAGUCCAUAUCUCGUUGACAGUUUCUUGCAUAGAAAAGUUGGUGGAAAGGGCUGUAGUUAUGCAAGAGGAUUGUUCUAACUUGUAAUAACUGUAGCUAGUUUGAGCGAUUUUCACAGUUGAAAUGUACAUAUGUAUAAUAACAAAGAUGUUAGAAAUUAAAAAGAGAUGUAAAGAAAAAACAUUACUAAGACAAAAAGGUGGCUUUUUUGUGUUAUGGAUUUUACAAAUCUUUGCA